AUGCCGCAGCACAGCAGAAGUCGCGUUACUCCAAACACCCACGCGCCUCCUCCCAGGUCUACCCUUCUAUCCAUCAACUGCAUCUGCGACGUCUCAAACGCCAUGUCGACGCACCCAUCCUUUGACAACCUGCCCUGCCACUUUCCUCCAGCGUCUACCGCUACAGUCUCAUCACACCCCAACAAAAAUCACUGCACCCGCAUCCCACAUACCAACCAUUCAACAUCUGCAACAGCCCUCAUUUCCCACGCAUUCGCCGACUCCUUCUCGCAACCAAAUGCCGCAUCACUCAACUCCAAAACCGACUCCACAACAUCAAUUACCCAGACAGCGUCAUUAAAGCAAAUGCACCUCCUCCAACUGCAAUAA